UGGCCAACCAUCCGCACGCUUCAUCUCCGUUUUUUCCAUCCCUGUGCUGCUGCUGCAUCGGGUGGCGUUGCUGCGCUCCUUUGCCAGCAUUUCCCAAUUUCAAAGUCCGCUCUGUCACUGCGUUUUUUGCUUCCCCACCGAGCUUCGUUCCGAGCUCCGUUGCUACACCAUUUCCGGGCUGAAGCAGGUCUUUUGCGCCCAGGUAGACUUCUAAGCCUUCUUGGACCUAUUGAGAUUUUUCGAAGAAGGUGCAGUUAUUUUCGUGCCGAUGAAUUCAUCACCGGCGCCGGCGCAGAAUUUGCCAAGAGUAAUGACAACCCCCGUGGCGUACUCAGUGCCUUCCCACGUUGCCACAAUGAACCCAAAAUUUACAUCGACCUUGUGGGGCAUAAGCAUCGGGUGUGAGAAAGCUCAACCGAUUGUGAGCAACUGCCGGGUUAGUGUUACAGGCGUUAGGGCAGCCGCGGAUGGCAGCAGGGAAGUUGGUUUUGGCAACGGUUUUGGGGUCUCAAGGGAAGGUCAUACGUGCUUGAUUUUAGGGACAACGAAAGGCGUAGCACUGAAUGGGAAUGGAACAAUGGUGACCGAGCGGCCAUUCACUGGGGGCGCCAUAGAUUUCAGGCGUGCUACAGCUCCUCUUACCCCUAAGCCCAUGGAGAACGCCAAGACUGUGGUUCUCGUCCGUCAUGGUCUCAGCUCCUGGAAUGAAGAAGGUCGAGUGCAAGGAAGCUCAGACAAAUCCGUACUCUCUGAUGUAGGAAAACUGCAAGCGAUUCGAGUCCGUGACUCUCUUUCCCAGUUGGACUUUGACCGGUGCUUUGCAAGCCCUAUUACUCGAGCAAAGACCAGUGCAGAAUUGAUUUGGGAAGGGAGGGAGAAGCCACUGGUGUACUUGGACACAUUGCGAGAGGCUAACCUCCAUUUUCUUGAGGGCAUGCUGAAUUCUGAGGCACGAGAGCAGUAUCCUGAACUCUUCAGGUCGUGGAGAGAGGAUCCUCUGAAUUUUAAUGUCAAUGGUGUAUAUCCUGUGGUGGAGCUUUGGGCCAAAGCUAAGCUGGCAUGGGAGGAAAUUUUGUCAGCCCCAGGUGAAAGAUUGCUGGUGGUCACACACAAGUCCAUAUUGCGAGCCAUGCUGUGUACAGCUCUAGGCCUUGGGCCUGACAGGUUCAGAGGAGUUGAUGUGCAUAAUGCGGGGGUUUCAACCUUCACCGUUAACACAAGGGGGGAACCGAUGCUUGCUAGUCUGAACAGAACCGCGCACCUGCACGUAGAUGGUGUGCACUAUUUAGAUUAGCCUCAAAUGCAUCCGGAGAGUGCCUCCUGGGUCUGAUCUAAAGUUUCCAUCGAUUUCAUGGGUGUGUAUAUACGAAUUCUAUAGGAUUCUAUACUCUUGUAUUUAAAGACAAAUAAUUGUUUUCUGUUAACUGCUAGGUCAAUGAAGAGACCAUCGGCUACAUAAGCAUGCGUCUCCAUAUGUAAACAUGGUUGUAUAUCAAGUUACCAGGGUUCCUUCAAAAACAUUAGUGCUCUUCACACAACUCGUGGAAGUUGAGCAUGAUGUAUUUUCAACAACGAUUUUGAUUUUGGUCGUUUAACACCU